AUGAUUUUGUGCCUGCAGAGCGUGCUCGCCUGCCGGAAGCCCUUCCCGCACACUUUGCAGACGAAAGGCCGGGCCCCGGUGUGCACGGGCAUGUGCCGGUCCCGUUUUGACCCUUACCUUCCCACACACUUCACAGGUGAAGUUCUUGUGCUUGCCCUCGGUGGGGCUGGCUUUGCUGGCUUUAGCCCCGGUCUUCUCGGCCUGGCCCUGGUGGUCUUUCACUAUCUGGUCCAGUUGGCCGGGCAGGUGCUCCUUGUGCGGGUACUGGGGGGUGGGCAGCUUGUCCGGGCCCAGGCCGGCCAGCUUGGCGUUGUCCAGCAGCAGGAGCCGGUGCGGGGCCGGCAGAGGGCUCUGGCUGUGCGCGCUGGUCAGCCAGUGUCCGGCCAGCAGCUCGGACUGCUGGUAGGCAGAGUCCAGGUAGUUCAGGUAGUAGAGCGAGCCGCAGCCGGGCACGGCCACGGCCUGGUGCAGGACCUGCGGCCUCACCAGCCGGCCCCCGGGGCCCGGGGGGGGCUGCUUCAGCCCGGGGCCCGGGGGGGGCUCCUCUCUGCCGCACAGCCCGCAGCUGCCUUUGCAGGGGGGGGCCGCGGAGCCGCACACAGCCCCCCGCAGACUGGCCCGCCACAGCUCCGAGUAGUUCAUGAGGGCCUUGGCCUGCAGGUCGUAGCUGAGGGGGGGCAGCGGGAUCAUGCAGGGGAUGGGGGAGCAGAAGCCCAGCAGCCUCUUCCCGUCCGCCCUCUCCUCCGCGCGCCGGCAGGGCUCCGAGCUCCGGGACAUGAUCCGGUCUAUGGAGAAGGCCAGGCUCUUGGGGACGGGGGCAGGGCCGCUCAUGCUGCAGGACACCACCGGCUCCAGAGAGGCGGAGGUCUUCAUGGUGGGGGUCUGUGUCUGGAUGUGCAGCGGAACAGAACUUUGAAGGAGGAACUCCAGUUCUGGCCGUCCGGUCCUCCUGCCCCCCCCCCGUCCUCUGAGCUCCAGCAGAAAACACCAGCACGUCACUUUAAUACGCACCUGGCUGUCACAGUGUCGCGCAUUUGUAUUCAAAUGACCAAUCCCCUCUCACAAAAGCAUCCAGGAGUGAUGGAUUAG